AUGGCGACACUCAAUCUCCAGGCUCGCCUGAGCUACCUCACCGACGCCGCCCACCUCUUGGCAGCAUCCGCGCCGGAGACAUCAUCGUACCUGAUGGACAAAAGGAACUCGCUCACGGCCAAGCACGGCAUCGCCAUCUCGGACGUGGAGAAGCAGCACGCGUGUGCGGCCUGCGGAAACAUUCUGAUUCCCGGCUCCAGCGCCCUUGCCGAGGCCGAACCACCGACUCUCGGGCCAAUCGGGUACGUCAAGCGGUCAGGGAAGUCGGCCGGUCAGCCCAAGGUUGAGAGGGUCGGCAUCACCAAGACGGUCUCGUGCGAUCGGUGUGCGCGGACGACGGUGGUGCAGCUGCCCCCGGCACCCGUCGUGGGCCACGUGAAGAGGCAUCAGCGAGCCAAGGCCGCGAAACCCUUGGACAAGGUGAGCGCGGCGGAAGUGCCGGUCGCAAAGACGACGUCGGUCAAUGCGGUGAGCAAGAAGCGGGCGAAGAACCGCAAGGCAGGGCUGCAGGCUCUCCUCGCGGAUAGCAAGGCUGCCAAGCCUAGCAGCGGGCUAUCUCUCGCGAGCUUCAUGAAGAAGUGA